UAGUCAAAUUGUCAGUGUUGCUUCUAAUUCUUCCUCAUCGUAAGAGAAGAACAUGGACAAAGUGAAGUCUGUUUUUGUGGUUUGUCUUGUGUUGGGGUUGUUUCUUGGGCAGUCCAGAGCCAAAUUUCAGGAUUGCUACCUGACAUGCUUCAUCCCGUGUGUCAUCACGCCUGGUAAAUCUCUGACCUCGUGCGCUUUCAAGUGCUUGAAGGACUGUCUACUUCCUUCUUCAGACAGCCUUAUGGAUACACAGUACUUCUGCACGCUUGGAUGUGCCUCCUCCUCGUGUAUCAACCUCAGUUCAAAGGAUAACCCUGGUGAGAAAAGAGUUGCGGGUUGUGUGGAUUCUUGCUCGGAGAGAUGUGCCACUCAUGCGUAGCUUGCCCUUAAAUAAUUUAUGAUAAAUCUUUGGUUUUCUGAAGUCGAAUAACACGUCAAUGAAUUGAAUGGAACGUCAGGAGUAUUGAGCCA